GCCUCCAACAACGAUGUCGUUCAAGUCCGGCGGUAUGAGCUCAACGAAGAAGGCCUGAGCCAGGCACGUUUGGCCUUCAAUUGCGAUGCGGUCUUCAAAUCCAUGUCCGAGUCCGGCGUCCUCAACCGCGGUUCGGACUGCGACGUGUUGCCGGGGAUGUUCGAUCUCACGGCAGCCUCCAAUAACAUCCCCUACGUCUGGUCUUUGCCUCAUUUCUAUCUCGUCGAAGCACAGGACAGCACGCAGCACCCGCGGAACAACCUCAUUGGCUUUGUCACACCGACAGGGCCUAGGUACCGCAACAUGGUUGUUGUGGAGCGCGAGUCUGGGCGAGUUCUGCAGAGCAUGCUGAAGGAGCAGAUCUCGGUGCUUGACCCUUCUUCUCAACAGCGCCUGUCGCGAGAACUCCUGCAGACACGGCCUCGAGCAGACCAUGAUGAGCUGGGCUGA